GCGAGCUUCAGUCUUUGCCCACACCAAGCAAACCUGGAAACUAGUAGAUAAGACGCUGCGAGCAAUUUACGCGCUUCUUGACACGCCGAGCAGCACUUUGUUUUUUCGGUCCAGCUAUGAAAGCGAUAAGCCCAGUGAGAUCUUUCCGAAAAGGCAACGGCAGCUUGUCAGAACACAGUCUUGGAAUCUCCCGGAGUAAAACGCCAGUGGAUGAUCCUCUAAGCCUGCUUUACAACAUGAACGAUUGCUACUCCAAGUUGAAGGAGCUGGUGCCCAGCAUCCCUCCGAACAAGAAGGUGAGCAAGAUGGAAAUCUUGCAGCACGUUAUCGAUUACAUCCUGGACUUGCAGAUCGCCCUGGAUUCUCAUUCAGCGAUUGCCAGCCUCCAUCAUCCACGGUCAGGGCAGAGCUCCUCGAGGACUCCACUGACAACCCUCAACACAGACAUCAGCAUCUUGUCCUUACAGGCGGCUGAGUUUCCCACAGAGCUAAUGACAGAUGACACCAAGACGUUGUUACGCUGAAACAAACGCAAGGUGUUUGGUUCAUGUAUAAAACACACGCAGGAGCUGGGAGUCGAGUUAUUUUUGUCCUUUUUUCCCAUCCUGGAGCUGAUCACUCUUUUUGUUUUUCAUUUUUUUUAAUCAUAAGUGACUUGACUGAGCGCUGAGAACCAGCACACCAACUCGGACUCGACAGUUAUUUAUCUAGAGACAUUUUAUAUCCUUUCUCCAAAAGGAAGGCUUGUUAUAAUAUUCCCAAGCCCGGGAGCUGAAGAAGGAAAAAUAAAUAAUAAGUAAAUAAAAUGAGAGAAAAAGGAGGAAAAAAAAAACUGAGACGCACACAAGAGGAAUCGCC